AUGGCAAUCGCCGAGUAUUCUAUCGUCAACGAGCUACUAACCCGGCACUCGAAAAUCAGUAAGACGUGCCGAAUAAUCGCGUAUUGCCUAAGAUUUUCCGGAUCGCGACGUCCUCGCGAGCCCGGGAGGCUUAUCGCGCCGCAAGAGAUGCUAAUCGCGCUACAAAUCAUAUGCAAAUCAGUGCAGGGGCAAGCCUUUUUCGAGGAAUACGAGGCGCUCUGCCAGAGACGCGCCAUUAGUGCAUCGAGUGGUGUGCUGGCCCUGUCCCCCUUUAUCUCCGAGGACGGACUAAUGCGGGUGGGGGGUAGGCUGGCUGAAUCGGCAUUGAAUUAUGACGCGCGUCAUCCGAUUUUGCUACCCCGAAACCAUGUUUUAACCCAGCGCAUAAUACGACAGGAACAUGAGCGCAAUGCUCACGCGGGCUUGCAAGCCACCAUGGCGGCGGUGAGGCAACGUUACUGGCCGAUAUCAUUAAGAUCGACUGUCAGAAAGAUAAUAAGAAAUUGCGUCACCUGUUUUAAGGCGCGACCCGCUCAAUCCCACGCGAUCAUGGCGCCUUUACCUGCGGGACGGGUGACACCGUCGAGGCCAUUCACACAUUGCGGCGUCGAUUAUGCCGGUCCGUUUACGGUUCGCGAAUCCAAGAGGCGAAAUGCCCGCACUCAUAAGGCAUACUUGGCGAUAUGUAUGCUUCGCCACGAAGUGCGUGCAUUUGGAGCUUGUGGGCGACCUCACCACAGAUGCAUUCAUAGCCGCGCUAAAGCGAUUCGUGUCGCGCAGAGGAAAGCCAUCCUGCAUUUAUUCCGACAACGGAAAAACAUUCGUAGGCGCCCAAGGGCAACUAAAGGAGUUCUUCAAUCUUUUGCGCAACGAACAAACCCAGAUCGAUAUAGCACAUUUUUUACGUGA